UUGCGCCCAGGCACCGAGCUGACCCACAACACGGGAGGCUGUUAGCUAAACGUUAGCUAAACAAUCAACACUUAUCAGUCCCCGAAUAAAAUCUAACUGCAGUUUGUCGCCACAAUGAAAGAUGUUACCGGGUACCUGAAACAGCAGCAGAGCAACAGCUCUACGCCGGAGAUGGCGGCGGAGUGGCACAUGUUGGAGGAGUUUUACAACAAAAGAUUGUGGCAUCAGUUGACUCUGAAGCUGACAGACUUUGUUAAAGAUCCUUGCUUCAAAACAGGAGAUGGCCUCAUACAGCUCUAUGACAAUUUCCUCAGUGACUUCGAACACAGAAUCAACCCACUGUCCCUCAUGGAGAUUAUACUGUAUGUUGCCAGACAGAUGCAAGAUCCAAAAGAUGCCAUCACUUUUCUCGAGAAGACCAAGGACAAGGUGAAAAGCAGCGACGAAGCCGUCAUUCUCUGCAAGACGUCUAUCGGCAGUCUUAAACUGGAGAUCAGUGAUCUUCCUGCCACAAAGAAACUCAUCGAGGAGGUGGAGGAAAUGUUGAAUAACUUGCCCGGGGUGACGUCUGUCCACGGCCGGUUUUAUGACCUCUCUAGCAAAUAUUAUCGCAUCAUCGGGAACCACGCCUCCUACUACAAGGAUGCUCUGCGCUACCUCGGAUGUGUGGACAUUAAAGACCUGCAAGAGACGGAGAAGCAGGAGAGGGCGUUCACACUGGGGCUGGCUGGACUCUUAGGAGAAGGAGUUUACAACUUUGGAGAGCUGCUAAUGCAUCCUGUGCUGGAGUCCCUGAGGAACACGGACAAACAGUGGCUGAUUGAUACACUAUACGCCUUCAAUGGAGGCAAUGUGGAGAAAUUCCAGGGCUUCAAGUCUGCCUGGGGUCAGCAGCCUGACCUUGCAACAAACGAAGCAAAACUGAUGCAGAAGAUCCAGCUGCUGUGCGUUAUGGAGAUGACUUUCACUCGUCCUGCAAACCACAGACAGCUCACCUUCACAGAGAUCGCUCAGAGUGCCAAAAUCCCUGUUAAUGAGGUGGAGCUUCUGGUGAUGAAGGCUCUGUCUGUGGGGCUGAUCAAAGGUAACAUUGACGAGGUGGACCAGAAGGUGCAGAUGACCUGGGUGCAGCCCAGAGUACUGGACCUGCAGCAGAUCAAAGGUAUGAAGGAGCGUUUGGACUUUUGGUGUGGCGACGUUAAGAACAUGGCCAUGCUGGUGGAGCAGCAGGCCCACGACAUCCUCACCUGAAUUUCCCCUUCGGCCCUUUGGAGGGAGACCUCACUCUGUUUUGUAUUGUUUUUCUUUCUGUUGGAUGUUUAUUCUUCUGUUAACCAUCUCUGUUUAUUAUCAACCUGUAAAUUACACUGCGGUGUUUUGCAAAUAAACACUUGGUUGUAACAUUAUUAUCGUUGCCAUGUCUGGACAAUAUUGUUCAAAACAUGAAUAAAAAUGACCAUGACAACAGUCAAAUUCA